UCCAGAAUUUGAAGGGUGGCUACAAAGAAGAUGGAGACUCUCUUUUUACAAGGAGUCAAAUAGAAAAGAAGGGGGAUAAUGGCUGCAAGUUAUUCCUGGGGAGAUUCCGAUUGGACACAAGAGGGUAUUUUUUCACAAUAAGAACAAUCAGCCAUUGGAAUAAUCUAGCAAGGGAAGGGGUGGAUUCCCCAGCACUGGACACUUUUAAGAUUCAGCUGGACAGGGUGCUGGGCUAGCUUGUCUAGAAUGUGCAUUUUGCCAAGAAAGGUCGGACCAGAUGAUCCUAGUGAUUCCUUCCAACCUGGUAUUGUAUGAUUCUAUGAUAUCUGUUUAUUGCCUUGUGGGAUGGGCAAAGGGACUUUGUGCCAGCUGCCUCUGGGGGACCUUGUGGGACAGUCUGUCCUUGUUACCAGGCAGCUGAGGCUGCAGCAGCAGAGGGGUUGCUUCAGGUAUCUGAGCCAAGAGUGAGCAGGCUCCCCUUUUAUCUGCAGAAGGUGUACAGCCAAAGAGUAACCAAUGCAUAAAUGGUGAUGAUGGCCCUCAGAGGUAUUUGUAUCUCUUUGUUGUUAGUCUUUCUGCUCAGUCAACAAGGAUGUAGGUCUGGAGGAAGGUCAGGAGCUGCACCACAGCCGUUCAGAAGGUAGCAACUAUCUUUACAAGUUGCCUUAUUUCUUUUAUUUGGGCUUGCUCUGAUACUUUCUCUUGUAUACAGUGGACAUUGGACACAGGUAUAUACAACGAGUCAGUUUGUAGUAGAGGGCAUAUACUAUCUACUAGCUUUAGCAGCUCUUCUCCCAAGAUCCCUGUGUCACAAAAAGUAACAGCUUUAGUUUCUGUGUCUUUGGUAUAGGACCAAAAAAUCCAGUAUUUUCUAAACUUGGAUCUGAAUGAAUUGAAGAAGUAUACACUUGUUUGUCAUGGUAAGUUAUGUGUAUAUCAUAUUUCAGGAGUGUAGAUUCAAGACUGAUUCAUAGUUCUGGACUUUAAUGGAGGCGCCUACUUUAUGGAUGGUGUUUGAUCGUUUGGAUCUAAAUUGGUGCACUACUUAGUGUGUGCUUAUUGUGGUUGUUCCAUGCACUCUCUUCACGCUUUUCAGAAUUACUUGCAGAGCCUAAUAUCAAAGUCUUUCUGAAAUACUAGAACCUUUAACAGAAUUUUAGUUCUUUUCCAUUUGUUUUAGCAGGAGGAUAGACUUUCUGCUGCCCAAGGAAGAUGACGUCUAGAUAUCUUAUGUCCAAACUAAUCCUAAAAUACUUUUUCAGAUUUGUUAGAAUAAUGUUAUAUGCAGCUUAAGUAUGAACAGUGUUUUGAGCUGGUAUUUUUCCCCCAUAAAUGGUGUAUUUUCUCUGCAGCUCUCCAUUUGUAUGUUGUCUUCUAAAACCAAGCAAGGCGUUGCAUUAAAGGUAGAUGCCUGUGUUAAAUCACUUGAUUCUAGGUCUUCAGCUUCACAAAUCAGGUCAAAUUUGGUUUAAGAUACCAAGGGAAUUCAGUCUUUUCAUGAAAGGGAUGAACUUUGAUGGAAAUCUAAGUCUGUUGUCUUCUCAAGGUAAUAUGAUAUCCCUUUUAGUGCCGAGCAAGGACUAGGUUGAGCCUUUCAUCGUCUCUAGCGUACAUUAGUUCAGGGAGCAUCUGAAGUUUAUAAAACUUACUAUAAGAGGGCAGCACCAUUUUAAUGAGGUGCAUACCUAAAAUGAAGCGCGUACCGUUAUUUAUGUGCUGUAUGGAAUCUAUCAGAGAUUAAUGCAGGAAGGUUCAGCGGAAGGAGUGCAGUUCUUGGGGCACGUUUAAAAGCCCAUUUAAAAAGCACAGUUUGAAAAGCAAGUCUUGUACGUGGAGGAAUGUGAAAGGAUAUCAGAGCUGCUAAAUUGGGUGGAACUCUGUAUUGUCACUAUUCUCUGUCAGAGGCUUGGAGAUUAAAAGUGCUGUAGUAUUGUUGAUGGUACUUCUCACACCAAAUGUCUUGUAUGUGUACCCUGCACUGAAGUGCUAUACAGAAGCAGACAGCAGUUUUCUGGAAAGAUCAGAAGAUAUGUACUGGUUUUAUCACAAAAUAAACAGUGUUAUAAUUGGCUGGAAAACUUUGUAUGUGGUGUUGACGUGUGAUUUUUUUGUUUGUUUGUUUUGUUUUAACAGCUUGUUGUAGGAAAAUGCUACCUAGGUCCUUGUCUGAAUAUUCUCCAGUGCUCAGUGGUUUAAGUAUGGGGUUGAAGAAAGAGGUGGGAUCGCCUCCAGAAAGGUGAUCUCCAGAAGCAGCAGAAAGGGAGGUGCUCUCGUGUCCUGGAGCUGCACACAGCCAGUGCCACCUGUGCAGCUGUGCUGAGGAAGAGGUGGACGAAGUUGCUCUUUACCCUCUGUCUCACCUGUUCUGUGUUUUGUUUUGGUUUUUAAUUUUUUGUUUGUUUGUUUUUUUUUAAUAAUCAAAAAGUUGUCCAAUAAGUGGGGAAGAGAGAGAUGGACUUGCUGUGGAUGCUCCUGAUGCGUUGGGCUUUUCACCUUCUUCCAUUUUUGACAAGUACGGCAAAUACUACAGCUGAGCAUUUGCAGCUGUCUGGUCCUCCUAGCACCCGAGGAAUUGUCUUUUCUGACCUGUCAGCACCGUGUUAGCUGCAGAAAUGUCUAGCAGCACUGAAUGGUCCUUAUGAAUGUUUCGUCCAAAUGUUUCUGGUGGCACCUCCAUGGAGGAUGGUCUCCCUCCCUUGUGGAAGGAGUUUAAAGAAGGAUUUUCUGUUUUAGUUAAGAGAAAUAAGAAGUUGAGGAAACAGCACUGGUGAGCCCAGUGUGGGGAUGUGGCUGUGCCUGAAGACUGAAGCAGCUCUCUGGGUUUUUUUCCCUUCAGAAACAUCCUCUGGAAGGGGGAGCUAUCAGGAAAUUGCUUAAGGGUUUAUUUAGUUCUGGUUGGUUUGGCUUCACACCCUGAUGAGACACCAGUAUGUGGGACCAAUGUAGUUGUCCCCAUGUGUAAGACAGGGUACACCGCAGUGUCUUGCAGCAGCAGAUACGCGCAGUGAGACAAGUUCUGUCUUUGUUAAUAUCCGGUGGCAGGGAGUUUGGAUUCUCAAGUGGGAAGAGUGAAACAGAUACUUUAAGCACUGGAAGAAGGUGGUAGCAGAAGUGUGUGGCUGCUGGCAUUGAGUACAAGGCAAGGGGAGGCAAGUGUGUUGCUCUGAAACCAGCUGACUCCAGUUGGGGUGCUGGUGGCAAACCGGUCCUGUGCAGAAAUGUUCCAAAACUGUUCUCCAUGCCUUUAAUGAAAAAAAAGUCAAUAAAUUGUGUGCUCUAUUUGACUUUCAUAGAUUUCUGCAUCAGGCUAAAGGUGCUUGCAUUUCGCCAGAUACUCUAUUGGAUGAAUAAAAAGUGGACCACAGGGAUGGAUUUGCCAACUGUGCGGUCUGUGGAUUGGGCUCUGAUAGAUCAUAUCUGAACUGAGCUUCCAGUCCUUUCAAGUUUGGAGGCAAUGUAUAUGGGAGGAAGCCAAAGUUGCCUAAGAGGUUGUAAAAUCCUUUUUCCACCAUCCCUCCUUUGCAUGUCUCCCCCCCACCAUCCGCUUAUGUACACAUACCCUCUCUGCUGCUUUUAAAGCUGGUGGUAUUGCUUGUUUUCUGCCAAAGACAAGCGCAGGCAAGCUCUGUGGAGACCUCUAGCAUCUGGGCAUCUCUUACGAUGUUUGCAACAGUGAUUUCUUUUCUCCCUUACCUGCUGUAUUUACACUAUGCUAAAAGUAUGCUCGGUGCCUCACAGAACAAAUAGUUUGAGAGCUCUCUUCUGUGUCCAGGGAGGCUGAGCUGAAGGCACAGGAGAUGUAUCUGCAUGUAGAGAGAAUUUCACACAGGAAACUGUUGCGCUGAAAGGAAGAAUUAACUGGUCUUUUAACUUCAGCCUUUUAUUGUGAGAGGGAAGAUCACAGAAGUGUUACCAUGGGGAGAACAGCAGCUAAAGAUUCAAAGAAUAUUAAAAAAGAGAAAGAUGGAAAGAAUCAGCAGGCAAACAACCCGUCUUUAAAAAGUGAACAGUUUAAUUGGGAUGAUUAUCUGAAAGAGACUGAAUCAGUAGCUGCCCCCCUACAUUGUUUCAGACAGUCUAGAAUUCCACCUACAAAUGAUUUCAAAGUUGGUAUGAAACUGGAAGCCCGUGAUCCUCGCAAUGUUACCUCAGUUUGUAUAGCUACAGUAAUUGGAAUUACUGGUGCCAGGCUAAGGCUGCGGCUGGAUGGAAGUGACAACAAAAAUGAUUUUUGGAGGCUUGUGGAUUCCUCGGACAUACAGCCCAUCGGGACCUGCGAAAAGAAAGGGGGCAUGCUCCAGCCUCCACUUGGGUUCCAGAUGAAUGCAUCUUCUUGGCCAAUGUUUCUCUUAAGAACUCUCAAUGGAGCUGAAAUGGCACCCGCAGCAUUAUUUAAGAAGGAGCCACCAAAACCUGUGCCAAACUGCUUUAAAGUUGGAAUGAAGCUUGAAGCUAUAGAUAGGAAGAACCCAUACUUGAUUUGCCCAGCAACCAUUGGAGAUGUUAAAGGAGAUGAAGUCUUUGUUACAUUUGAUGGCUGGAGAGGAGCAUUUGACUAUUGGUGCAGAUGUGAUUCUCGAGAUAUUUUCCCAGUCGGAUGGUGUAGCUUGACAGGAGAUGCAUUACAACCACCAGGGAACAAUGUUUCCAUUACAAAGAGCAGUGCAAAAAUCCAAUCUUCCCCUUCCAAAGUGACCCGGCGUUCAAUGCAGUCUCCACAGAAAUCUGCUCCAGCACCAGCGCAACGGAGCAGGAAACCAGGUCGGGGCAAACCCCCUGGACAGUCUGCAGCUCCCAAGAAGGGCAGGUCACCUAAAAAUAUUCCCUUGACAAAAAGCACCUCUCAUACUGAAAAUCUUAAAACAAGGAAAAAAAGUUUAAAACCUGGAAAAAAGAAAAAAAUCUCGCCGGAACAACUGACUCCUGCAUCACCCACUCCUCGUUCUUCUCCCGAGGGGGACAGUGGCACUACGCGGAUACUUAAAGAUGGAAUUAGUUUGUCUGGUGCAACUGCAGCAGUUAUAUCCACAGUGUGUGUUUAUGUCAACAAGCAUGGAAAUUCUGGGCCUCACCUGGAUAAGAAGAAGGUUCAGCAGCUUCCAGAUCACUUUGGACCAGGUCCUGUCAAUGUGGUACUUCAGCAAGCUGUACAGGCUUGCGUGGAUUGUGCCUAUCAAUCCAAAACAGUCUUCGGAUUUCUGAAAUCUGGCCAUCAUGGAGGGGAAAUGAUAAUUGCUUCCUUUGAUGGGGAGAAGCACACCAUCAGUCUUCCUUCUGUAAACAGCACAUCGUUUGUCCUGCGCUUCUUGGAGAAACUCUGCCACAGCCUGCAGUGUGACAACCUCUUCAGUAGCCAGCCUUUCAGCCCUUACGUGGGAUGUGCACAUAGUCCUACUGAGUACGAUAGGAACAAACCAGCAAAAGAAGAAAUACCUGAAAACAGAAGUGCUAAACGAUACUCUCAGGACUCUCCACCAUAUACUGCUCCUCUUUCCCCGAAGCUUCCCAGAAAUGAUGCUCAUCCAUCUGAAGCAGAAACAUUACCUAUAGAGGAAAACAGCACUUCCAAGGAACACAGAUUUUCUGAGGACUCUAUGGAUUCUGCACUUAACUCUGUAAAUCCUUCAAGCCCGGCCCGUCGAAAUUCCACGGAAUAUCGUACUUCUGGGAGUGCGGCAUAUUACAGGAAUUCCCUUCAGCCAGGGACGGCUACCUCAAAUUCAGCCCCCGUCCUGCGCAGGCUGUCCUUGAGCUCUGUGGGGAGCAGCGGGUAUUAUGAAGUUAGUAUGAAUCGAAUCCAGAGGCGGAUUGAGGCUGCAAGUUCCACAACUGGGCCGGAUUUGAAUUCACUAAAGAGGGAACCUUCAAGAAUAUUGAAUAAGGAUCCUUCCACCUGGUCGAUAGAGGAAGUGAUGCGUUUUGUGAAAGAAGCUGAUCCACAGGCACUAGCUCCGCAUGCAGAACUCUUUAGGAGACAUGAGAUUGAUGGAAAGGCACUACUCUUACUGAGGAGUGAUAUGAUAAUGAAAUAUAUGGGACUGAAGCUGGGGCCCGCCCUAAAGCUGUGCUACCACAUUGAAAGACUUAAACAAGGAAAGUACUAGCCAGUGGGGAUACUACAAAUAUGCGUGUGUCCUGGUGACAGUGUGUUUGUAUCACACUAAGCUCUCAGGUUCACAGCCAUCUCCUUAAUUUGAAACUAAAGAAAACAUCGUUAUUUUUUGAAAGUGCUCUGAAAAUGUAAAAAAAGACAUUCAGGAUAAAUAAUGGGGGAAAUUGGUGUUAUAUUCUGGUAUUAUAUUUUGCAAACUAUUUCAGAAAGUUUGCCGGGAAGGACAGUUGAUCAUAAUGGGAGCGGGCAGGUUGGGUAACAGUGUUCUCCAAAUCCUGAAAAGGGCUUUCUCUGUUACGGACUUCAGCCAACGUGUUCAUAUUCAGAACCAAAACAGCUGGAUCCCAAAAGAAAAUUAUAAAACAAACCAGCAUCAGGUGUUAGUAAUUUUUAAAGGGGUGGCUGUAAACUUUUAUAUUGCAAGAAAAAAUUUAAAUAGAGGAUCUCAUCUCUGUAGUAAAUACUGUGGCCAGUCCUCCAGCAAAGUAACAGUCUAGUAUAUCAUUCUAGUUUAUUCUUCCUAGAUUUCCAUAAAGGGAAUAGCCAUAUGAGUCGCUCGUGGCGGAUGGAGGUGUGGGGAGCGAAGGGCUGUGGAGGAGAGGGCUUAAUACAAAUAUAAGCUUUUAUAAAGUGUGAUUAUCAGUCCUUUGGUAAGUUAAGAGGACAAAUGUACGGUAUAUUGUCAAUUUAUGCAGGCCAUAAGUAUUUGUGUUUUGUGGAAGGGCAUAUCGGCUGUAUAAACAGCCAUUUCUGGGACAGACUGAUUUAACUGGAACAACGCAUCCACAUUUUACACAUUCCAUCUUUUUGCUAAGUUUGGCAUAGAUAUGUUUGUUCAUGCUUUAUAUAUAUACACAUGUAUGUGUCAGGGGAAUACAUACUAUAUAUAUAUAAAUAUACAUACACACUGUACAUAUGUAAUCAGUUUUUUAAUGUGUACUUUGCACUGUGCCAGAGAGAACUGUGCAAUUUUUAUUUUUUCUUUUUUUUUUAAACCAGUAAAUUUAGUUGUGUACUACUUUCAUAUUCAUUAGCACACGUUUAAUUGGUUGUCCAUUCUUGGAGUCAGAAGGUGACAAACAAUCAAAGGAUGGCUUUAUUCAUACAGGCAAGAUCCCUGUACUAUGCAGUACUCCUGGUUUUACAUCCCUUAACUCUGAGCCAUAUAUUCUGAUAUAUUUCUGGAAAGACACAUUUGGUUCCAAUGAUUUGGGCUUAUAUUUCCUAUAAGGAAGUGCUACUAUGUAACCAGUAAGCCUUUUUUUUUGGUAAAAUUGGUGCUUUUUGUAUAAGCUGCAGGAAUGAGUGGUGAUAAUAAUGCAGUCUGGUGUCACUGCCGAUUGUAAUAUACAUCAGGGACAAGAAAAUGUACUUUCUGUGUAGGAAACUGAAUGUACUGUUUGUAAUAGUGCAAGUGAAAAAAGCUAUUUGCUAGGAAAGGUGUAGUCCUAAAAUGGUAGGUUUUAUUAUAUUUCUUACUGCCUUUUUAUAUGAAAUCAUAUAGUAUAAAUGUAUUUUUUACAAAUUCCUGUUCUGAAAAUGCCUUGCUUUACCAAUAGUGUGAUACUCCUCAGGUUUCAGCAGAGAUACUGCUGCAAAAUAAAAAAUUUCGUGGCUCACAAGUGUCCAAAUAUUUUGUUGGUUCAAGUGACUACAAUGCGAUUUUAAUUUAGCAAGUCAUUUGGACUUUGAGAAUUGUUUUUAUUAUUACAUCAUUUGACACUAAAGGUUAUCUAUAUGAAUUUAUUUUGCAUAUCUUUUGUGGUGCAUGUAUGCUUAGAUGAAUAAUACAAGCAUGCUCUUUAUAGUAAGAAAAGGUCAGCACAUUGAUUGGAGAAACAGAAUAUUUUGUCUGUGUUAGGAAAAUACUGACUUGACUGUUGGUGUAACUGUAUGAAAGUUAGUUAUAUGUUGAGGAAAACAACAUUCCCUACACACUCAGUAUAUUGUUUAUAACUUACUUUUUCCAUGCUUUAUUAUGCUGAAUUUCAGAGUUCUUUCGUGUAAAAAGAUCUCUACACGAUUUAAGUGGAAGUAAUUGACUGAAAACAAUUUUUUAUAUUGCUAUGGGCAUAAGAAAAACAAAUAUGUUUAAAUUUUCUGUUUGGCCUUUAUGGAAUGAAAUUUUUGUACAUGGCACUAUUAUGGGUAUAAAUAUUUGUUCAAGGCUUUCUGUGCACAGGGAUUCCUGUGAUGCUGCAAUACCAGAAUUUCCCCAUGUGCUGUAGUGUGAGAUUCAAGCAUUCCAAGCGUUGUGGUGGAAUGUAUUUUUUAUUCUUUAUUUUCAAUGGGGUGUCCUUAUCUAUCAACAAAAAUAAAAUAGUUUGUUCAUUGUUGUAACUGUC